AUAGAGAUUGAAGUCGACAGCAAGCCAAGAUUUAAGAUUCUUUCCUGAAAGCAAAUUUUAGUUGUAAUUGCAAUUUCAAUGGCAUGUUUAUCUGCUCCACUGCUGUUCUGUGUAACAAGAAGUAAGCCUCAGCUUAUCGUGCCAUACACCUCCACACCUCAUCAACAUAAACCGCUUUCCGAUAUCGACGAUCAACGCACCAUUCGAGUUCAUAUUCCAGUUUUGAUGUUUUACAGGAACAGUGUUGAUAGGAGAGGGGAAGAUCCAGCAAUGGCUAUCAAAGAAGGGUUAGCUAAAGCACUUGUUUUCUACUAUCCCUUGGCGGGUAGGAUUUUUGAAGGGGAGAAUGGAAAACUGAUUGUGAAUUGCAAUGGGAAAGGGGUUUUGUUUGUUGAAGCAAAAGCGAAUGUUAAGCUUGAGCAGUUAGGUGAUAAAUCCAUUCAGCCACCAUGUCCAUACUUGAAGCAACUCCUCAACACUGUGCCUGGAUCUAAAGGGAUCAUUGAUUGUCCUCUUCUACUUAUUCAAGUAACCCGUUUUACUUGUGGUGGCUUUGCAUUGGGAAUACGGUUCAACCACACUAUGAUGGAUGCCCAAGGGUUCAUUCAGUUUGUAAAUGCGGUGAGUGAACUGGUACAGGGUGCUUCUGUUCCUUCAAUAAUUCCAAGCUGGGAGAGAGGCCUCUUAACUGCAAGGCCAACCCCAACCAUCACCUACGAACACAACGAGUUCAAGGAUUUCGAGUUAUCCAAGACUACAAAGUGGUGGGACUUCGAAAAAUUAUUGAUGCGUACCACCAAAUUCAUCAACACACAAAAGCUGGCGAGUGACCCCUUAGUGUUUUUUAGCAAAAAUAUAAGCCACUCCCUCUUCAUUAAACGUUCUUUCACUUUUGACUCAAGAGAGCUGCAAGCUAUCAAGGACCAAUGCCCUUCAAGUACAACAUUCGAGGCACUUUCUGCUUGCUUAUGGAAAUGUCGUACCAUUGCUCUCCGACCAGACCCUAAUUCAAUGAUGCUAUUGACCAUUAUUGUCAAUAUACGAGAAAGAUUGCUAGACCUGAAACUGCCCCUUGGAUACUAUGGUAAUGCAAUUGUAUCCGUGACAGCGAUAACCACAGCCAAGUUGUUGUGUUCAAAUCCGAUAUCAUAUGCAGCCAAGUUGAUUAGGGAGGCUAAAAAUACUGUUAAGGAUGAUUAUAUUAAAUCGAUUAUAGAUUUUAUGGUGACUAGGGAGAGACCAAGGUGGACUGUACCAAGGAACUUCUUCAUAACAGACAAUUCACGAUUUGGAUAUGACGAGGUGGAUUUUGGAUGGGGUAAGCCUGUAUUUGGUGGCGUUUAUGGCGUUGUUUAUGGAGUUGGGUGCUUGGUACCUCAUACAAGGAGAGAAGACAGAGAGGGUAAACUCGUGGCAUUAGCUUUGCCUCCAAUAAUUAUGGGGAAAUUUGAAAACGAGCUUAGGAAGAUGACUAAAGCACAAACGUGAGUUUUCCACUUUUUCUAUCCAUAUAUAAUGAGAAGGAGUGAACUUUAUGCCUCAUAUUUCCAUUCAAUUGUUUGGAUCUUCAGCUUUGAUGUUGUAGUUUUAAUAUGUUGUACACAUAUGUCCUUAUUAUGAAUAAACUACUGUAUGUCCAAGGCGAUGGCGGGUGUUGGACUAACUAGUUCUGAUA